AUGGCCCGCCGGCCCGUCCUCCCCCCUCUCACCCCCUCCCCGGGGACCCCCAUCCUCGCCCUUCUAGCCGCCGCCUUGGCCGCCGCGACGCCGCCCUUCUUCGCCACGCCGACCAUGUCCGCGGCCGUGUUUUCGCGGUGGGCGACGGCGUGCGCCGGGCUGCCCGUGACGCGGUCCCACAGCCGGAUCGCCUUGUCGUCGGAGCCCGUGGCGAGUGUGUUGCUGUCGGGCGCCCACGCCAGGCACGACACCCCGGCCAUGUGGCCCACCAGCGUCUCGAGGUGGGCGCCCGUCGACGCGUCCCAGAUCUUGGCUGUGCCGUCCGCCGACGCCGAGGCGAUCCAGCGGCCGUCGGGCGAGAUGCGGACCUGGGAGACGGCGCCCGCGUGGCCUUGGAGGAGGAGGUGUUGGUGGUAG